AUGAGUUCUAGUGAAAAGAGCAAGCAUGGAAGCAAAAGCCGCGAUGAAGAUUCCAAGUCAAGGAAUCGUUCUAGAGAUAAGAACGAAGAUAAAAAGAAGAGCAAAGAUUCAAAGAAGUCAAAAGGUGAAAAAAAUGAACCACAAGAACCAACACCACAAUGGGCAUUACUUCCUCAAAAUAAAAAAGAUGACCCAUUCCAUGAUGAUUUCGAAGUUGAAGUAAGAUUCUAA